GGAAAGCCUAAACCAGCCAUCCUACACCACAGGCAAACAAUAACUACGCUUUUGUAUACAAUUUUCAAUUAUAUUAAAGGAAAGGGAAGGUGGCCCGCUGGCAGUUCUUAGCACGACAUGGUCGUGUCCAAAUCAGAAUCCGAGUUUCUGUCUGUGUCCGAGCCACAACCUAUGAGUAAGCACCAGGCAGCUAUCGCCGGAAAUCUAGAAACUUUGCUUAGUACCCAUGCAGAUGAAGAGGACUCUGAGCUGAGCCCUGAAAGCGAAGGAAAUCCAGAAGGUGCCAACCAAGAAGUCGAUGGUCCAGAUAACGCAGAACAUCUGAAGGUCAAUCAAGCAGACUUCAGAAGUCCUGCAAAGGAAGACACAAGCAGACCUCUUGUCCUCGAGGAAAGACACUCGCUGUCCAUAGCUGAAACAAAAAAGCGGAGGGAGAGUGUGUUUUCCAACAAACUACUCUUCAUACCCAAGGAACUCGCGCGCAGUGAACUUCAACAGCGCACCAGGACACUAAAUAGCUGCGCCAAAAAUCGGGAAUACCAUCUGCGAAUGCUGAAGUUUCCGGUGGGUUCGGGUCGUCCUCGGUACGUGGCUAAGAAAAUGAAGGAGGCAUGUCACCCGAGAUCCAGAGAAUGCGGCAAUGAUCCCGAAACUAGCGGCAUCAAGCACAACGAAUUCCUUGAUGAGCCGCCAGAAGUCUUUCAAAGCUCAAGGGAGGUGCCCCUAAACAUGCCCGACUUGGAAGCCGAAAAUAAGGAAAGGGACCAACUAUGCGAUGAUGAGGAAAUGAAUAUCAUGCUGUACGACUUUGUGAAGAAGGAAGUUGAGUCUGACGCGGAUUCGGAAAAGCUAAACCGGAAAAUCCUCCAGAGCCAGCGUGAAAGUGUUAUACGAACUAGCAGCACGAAACGCCAGCACUAUCCCUAUUUUUCCUGGCACAAUCCAGAUCGGCAGUAUGAGGAUUUGAAGGUGGAGAUUGGGGAGCCAUGGCAAAGGGAGCCGGAAAUCGAAGUGGGCUGCGGUGCGGAGAAUCGUUUACAUCUCGCCGAGUGCAAGACGGAAGUGGAGGAGGAAGUGGACGAGGACGCGGAAGCGGACGAAGAGGUGGAGGAGCAAGCGAAGCAUGCCCAAGGCUUGGUAAAACCUGAACAGUUUAAGCCACCAUCGGAAGAGGAGCCUCGGUCACUUCAGUUACCUCAACAACCACAAGCAGUCGGCUGCUUUUACUCUUCCACGCGGAACCAGUUAACCCACGACGCUCCAAGCGAAGUUGCUGAAGUGCCUGUGCAACCCCUGGCUCCCGAGAGAUCGGGAUCCGCUGAGGAUUGUGGACAAACGGCACUACGUCAGCAGCUAAUUCAUCACAUUGUGCAACCGAAUGUCUGCAACGAGGCAGCAUACCAAUCCAUCUCUUGCAACAAUAACGCCGUUGAUCGAGUGAAUCAGAAUCUGAGACCACAGCCGAUGUUGGAGUCUUCUGGGACCCAUGAGGCGUCUCUCCAAUGGCAUCCCCAAAACGCUGAGAGCUACUCGAGUCCAAAUCAGGUAUUCCACAAUCAGCAGCUUCACGUCCAAAAUCAACAAUACCUGCAACAUCAAUUCAAACUGCCAGCAAGUCAGCAGCAACAUGAAGCGAUUUUCCAGCAGCAGCAGCAAGCAGCGGAAGAUAAGCUGCAGCAGUUGAGGACCCUGUAUCAGCGGAUCAAGAGCCGCGAGAAGGAGCAAGUGCAUCAUCUGAGCAAGUCCUUGAAGAAGAUCCUGGACGAGCGCCUGACCUGCGAGCGAAAGCAUGCGGAGGAGAAGCGCUUGUAUUCGCUCAAAAUGGAGAAAUUCAAGGCACUGGAGGAGAAGCUCAAGCUGGACAGGGAGCAACUGCAGCGCCAACUGAAGUCCGAUCUGAGAACUCUGGAGCUGAGAAUGGCUGACCAGCAGCGCCAGCUGGAGGAGAAGGCUUUGGCCUGGACCUGGCAGCACCAUCAGCAGCAGCAGCAACACUUGCAGCGGCAACAUUUGCUGAUGCAACAGCAACAGCAACCGCAACCGCAGCAGCAGCAGCACUUUGUGCAUCAAGAAUCCCAUAUAAACCCGGAGGCCUAUAUGAUGCGGCAACACUCCUUCCUGUGCGAUCCAUCGUACAUAUACUCAACUGCCUAUCAGGAGUCAGUGGUGUAUCAGCAGCGCAUCCAAGCCUACCAUGAGGAGCAGAACUACCAUGCGGCAGAGUCGCGCACCACAGCAAUUGAGCUGCAGAGAAGAGUGCUCCUUCCGCCGCCUCCAUAUUGCCAACCCAGCAGCAGGACCUGCACUGAAGUGUCGGGGUCGGAUCCGUAUCGUCGCCAAGUGAGAAGUUCCUUGCCACCAGCUUCACAGAUCCUGCCCGGCCACAGGAACCCGCAGUCCCAGCCCCUGGAGCCCAGAAACGACCACUUCGGAAUAUCCUCUGUCAUGAACAACUACGUGGCUAACUUUAUGAACGAUCGAUAAUUACUUUUAACUGCAAUUAAUUGUGUAAAGUAUGUUACUUGUGAUAUAAGUGAGAACUACUAUUCUAUAUUCAUCCUAUAACAAAAUCACUUUCUUCG